AUGGUGGGGUGGCUGGAGAUCCGGGCGCAGGUGAACGACCAGCUGGUGGCUGAAGGAGUGCCGUCGUUGACGGAGCAGGACGCGUUCCUGUUGUACUUGAUGAUCUUGUUGUUGUACGAGGAGGGCGUGGAGCCUUCGAAGGCGGAGAUCUUGUUCAAGUUGCGGGAGCACAAUGCGAGCGACGCGUUGGUGCAGCACGCGAUUGCCUACUACGCAGCGACGCCGCAGUGGUACGAGGUGGCGCAGGCGACGGACCAGAUCCACUGCGUGUACUUUCGUCAGCAGCCGAAGUGGUUUCGGGGUUGGGUGGACCUAAAGUCGCCGCGCAACCACCACCCCCCCCAGCUGUGGGUGGACUUCCUGGACUUUUUGCUGGACCGGCCAGGCGGUUGGUUGUUUUCGCAUACUCGUUACGUGCUGGCCAAGGCACUGAAGAAACACGGACCGCUAUCGCUGCAGCGGUUACGACUGGGCGACAUUGCGCACCUGAUUCAGCUUGCGCUCCAGCAGGAGUACCUGUGUUACGAAACGACCAUGAUCGUGCCUAGCUGGAUCUCGCCCGGCUUCGUGGCCGACAAACGUUACGCACUUGCCGACCACGCUG